AAUUUGUCAAAUCAAAUUGAAUCAUUUUGCGGCGAAACAUUUAACAAAACAUUUGAUUAUGAAAAUCGCCAGAAAUUUCUAAAAAAAUUUAAUAAACUGAUGACUGAAUUCAUUGAUAAUCAAUUGAUCAAUACUGACAACGAACCCAACAAUCAGCUCAGGGAUGUCGGCCAAUGGAUUAGUAGACUAAUUGAUUAUAAUUAUCAUCGGAAAAUAGAUAUCGGCGGCGGCUAUAUCUAUAUAUUUUACAAUUUGCUGGCCAAUGAUGAUGGUUGUGGUGGUGGACAACAAGCACCGGGUGAUUGUGGUGGACGACCACCACUACUACAAAACCAACUGUCCGAUGAUCAACAUAUAGCAUUGGGUUGGAUAAACCAGUUGAUGAUAAUUUAUUUUCUAUUAAUCGACGAUAUUGUCGAUCAAUCAACUAAAAGAUUUGGCAAAACUUGUUGGCAUUUAUUGCCUGAUGUAGGAAUGAUAGCCCUAAACGAUUCUACACUGAUAUUAUCACUAAUGUUUAAAAUGGCUAAACAUUACUUUAAGGGACACCAAAAUUAUAUGGAUAUUGUUGAAUGUCUUCAUGAGAUUAUCGAAAAAGUAGCAAUUGGUCAGUCAAUGGACUUGAUGAAUACAAAAGCGACAAACAAGCAUGCUCAAUUAGAUCAAUUUACUUAUAAUUGUUGGUCAACUAUUAACUAUUACAAGAUAGCCUGGUUUUCAGUAUUAGCAUCGUUUAGACUAGUAUUGGCAGCCAUUGGUGAAACUGAUCGCCAAAACAGACAAGUAUUGGAGGAAAUCAUACAAAAAUUUUCCCGAUUUAUCGGUUCGUUCAACGAUUAUUCGGAUAUCUAUAUCGAAACCAAUGGCACCGAUAUAGCCGAAGGCAAAUGCAGUUGGCUUUACGUACGGGCCCUUCAAUUGGCUACUAGUGAACAACGAUCGAUACUAUUAGACAAUUAUGGUUUAGGUUCAGACAAUCAGUUAGCCGUCGAUAGGAUUGAAAUGGUUUACAACGAGUUGAAUAUGAAACAAGAGUUUUGCGAUUAUAUCGAUAAACUAUUUACAAGUAUUGAAGAUAUUUGUCGAAAACAAUUGCAAACGUCUACUAAUGAUAGGAAAAUUGUCGCCCAAUUAGUCCUAAUUCAAUAUAACGAUUUACAACAAAGAUAUUUAAAAAAUUCUAAAUAG